AUGGCAAUGGCAAAUGACAAAACACUAUGUUUCAUAUGUAAUGAAAACAAAAUAACAUAUCCUUGUAAAGGAUGUUCAAAAGAGUUUUGUUUAGUGGAUUUAACAGAACAUCGUCAAAUAUUAAGUAAUGAAUUACAUCAUAUCACCAAUGAGUAUAAUGAAUUUAAACAAACAAUUAAUGAACAAAAACAGAAUGCACAAAAUUUCCCAUUAUUAGAACAAAUUAAUCAAUGGGAAAUCGAAUCCAUUGAGAAAAUUCAACAAAAAGCACAAGAGUACAGAGAAAUUGUUACUAAAUCAUCACAAACAUGUAUGAAUGAUAUUGACAUGAAAUUUAAAGACUUGAAUGAACAAAUAAAACAAAUGCAGAUAGCAAACGAAUUUAAUGAAAUUGGUUUAAAUUAUCUAAGAAAUCAAUUAAUAGAAAUUAAAGAACAAUUAAACAAUCCAUCGGAUAUUUCUAUUAAAAAAGAUUCACAAUCAAUUAUUAAUGAGAUUUCUAUUAUUUCAUCAAAAAAAUCAAAAUUCAACAAAUGGAAACAAAAUGCCAUCACGGUAGCUGGUGAAAAUGAAAAAGGAGAAGGAUUAAAUCAGCUCAAGUGCCCUCAAGGAAUCUUUAUUGAUAAAAACAAAAAUAUAUUUAUUGCUGAUACUAAUAAUCAUCGAGUUAUUGAAUGGAACUAUAAUGCAAAAGAAGGAAAAAUCAUUGCAGGUGGAAAUGGACAAGGAAAUCGAAUAAAUCAAUUGAAUUAUCCAGCAGGUGUGAUUGUUGAUCCACAAAAUCAUUCUAUCAUCAUUGCUGAUUAUUUGAACAGACGAGUAAUUCAGUGGUUGAAUCAACAUCAACAAAUUCUCAUUCACAAUAUUGCUUGUUAUGGCUUAGCAAUGGAUAAACAUGGAUUUCUUUAUGUUUCUGAUACUCAGAAGAAUGAAGUGAGACGAUGGAAAAUGGGUGAUUAUAACAAUGAAGGAAUUUUAGUGGCAGGUGGAAAUGGAAUAGGAGAUCAGCUUAAUCAACUCAAUGAGUCUACUUUUUUGUUUGUUGAUGAAGAUCAAUCUGUUUAUGUAUCAGAUAGCAACAAUCAUCGUGUAAUGAAAUGGAAAACAGGUGCAAAAGAAGGAACAAUUGUGGCUGGAGGAAAUAAAAAAGGAAGAAAUCUUAAUCAAUUAUCUUCAGCUCAAGGAAUCAUUGUUGACGAUUUGGGUCAAAUCUAUGUGGCAGAUUGGGGGAAUAAUCGAGUAAUGCGUUGGUGUGAAGGGAAAGAAGAAGGUGAAAUUGUUGUUGGUGGAAAUGGUCAAGAAAAUCAAUUGAAUGGUCCUGUGGGUUUAUCUUUUGAUGAUGAAAGAAAUCUUUAUGUUUCUAAUAUGGAAAAUCAUCGAAUUGUAAAGUUUGAAAUAAUAUUGUAA